AAUGUCGACAACUUGCGCAAAAAUAACACCCACCCAAACGAUAAAUAAAUAUUUAUGAUAUUUAUAAAAUAUAUUUUCUGAAUAGCCAACAAUAAAAGUAACAAUAUUUUGCCAUUAUAAAAAGAAAUAAAAAUAUUUGUUUAAAUAAAUGCAAACAGCUGAUUUGAUUUAAGCAUUACAGCCACAUGUUGUGCCGCAAAGUGUCGCAUUAAAUUAAUGUUCAACAUAAAAAAAAAGAAAGAAAAAAAAAAAGCUCAACAAAGAAUUCAUGAAAAUCUGUUGAUUCAACACCUCAAAAAUAUUCAUCACAGUAUAUUAUUAUAGGUGAAAAAAAAAGAAGAAAGAAAAAUAAAUAAAUAAAAAAAAAGAAGAGAGUUGUGAGAAAUAUAAGAUGGCUGACCGUGAUAGCGCAUCUGAAAGUGAUUCAAGCUCAAUUGAUGGUGGUCCAAUAAUGAUGCCACCAUCACCAGUAACACGUGAACAAUUACAAAAAAGAAUUGAAUCACUUCAACAACAAAAUCGUGUAUUAAAAGUUGAACUUGAUACAUUUAAAUUACGUGUAAAAGCAUUACAAGAAGAAAAUCGUGGUCUUCGUCAAGCAUCUGUUAAUAUACAAGCUAAAGCUGAACAAGAAGAAGAAUUUAUAAGCAAUACAUUGUUAAAAAAAAUUCAAGCAUUAAAAAAAGAAAAAGAAACAUUGGCACAUCAUUAUGAACAAGAAGAAGAAUGCCUGACAAAUGAUUUAUCAAGAAAACUCAAUCAAUUACGUCAAGAAAAAUGUAAAUUAGAACAAACAUUAGAACAAGAACAAGAAUGUCUUGUUAAUAAAUUAAUGAGAAAAAUUGAAAAAUUAGAAGCUGAAACACUAGCUAAACAAAGUAAUCUUGAACAAUUACGUCGUGAAAAAGUUGAACUUGAAAAUACAUUGGAACAAGAACAAGAAGCACUUGUUAAUAAAUUAUGGAAACGUAUGGAUAAAUUAGAAACUGAAAAAAGAACAUUACAAAUUAAAUUAGAUCAACCAGUAUCUGAUCCACCAACACCAAGAGAUAUGAAUAAUGGUGAUACUGCUACAAAUUUAAGUACACAUAUACAAACAUUAAGAAGUGAAGUUGCAAGAUUAAGACAUACAUUAAUAUCAUCACAACAAGAACAUACUGAAAAAAUGCAACGUUAUGUUAAUGAAGAAAAACAUAUACGUGAAGAAAAUUUAAGACUACAAAGAAAAUUACAACUUGAAGUUGAAAGACGUGAAGCACUUUGUAGACAUUUAUCAGAAUCUGAAUCUAGUUUGGAAAUGGAAGAAGAAAGACACUACAAUGAAACAGUAAUGUCUGGAAGUAAUAUUAGAAAUCGUGCUGUAUCAAGUCCAGUGCCAUAUAAUCCAUCACCAAGUUCAUCAAGACCACUGAGUCCAGGUGUCAAUAUGAUUGGUUCAACAUCACGUGAUAGUUUUACAUCAAAUCGUUGUUUUGCAUGUGGUCAAUCAAUGAUGAUACCUUAUUCAACAUCACCACCACCAACUGGAGCACUUAUUGGUGGACCAUCAAGUAGACGUACAUCUGAUCGUUUUGUUAAACCAGCUAUUCCACCAACAAUUGUUAGUCCAGGUGUUGGUGUACCACUUGGUACCACAUCAGCAAAUACAUCAGCUGGUUCACCAAUGGACAUUGCUAAAAUAUAAAUUUAUAUAUUUAUUUAAAUAUUUUAUCUACAAUCUGCCAACUCAGCUAACAUCAUUCGAGAUAAUAAUCACUUUUUUAAGGUAUAAUUAAUUUUAACUAUCAUUGUUAUUGUGGGGUUUAUCUUUUCUUUUUUUUUUUUCUUUAGUUUGUCCUUGAUUAAUCGUACUUUUUUUUUUUUUUUGACAAAUAUAAAAAAUUAAUUGAAAAAUUUAUCGUCGUAAUAUCAAAUUGACAAUUUGUAAGUUAAUUGUUGUUUUUUGUUUUUGAAUUGAUUUAAUUAAGCAUGUAAACAUUUUUUUUCUUUUUUUGUAUUAUUCUUUCCAAUUUGUUUAAGUGAUGAAUAUACCAUAAGUGAUGAUGAUGAUGAUUAUGAUGUCAUGAUAAAAAUGGUCUGUGUUGUUUUUGUGAUGCUUCCACAAUUUUUAAUUUAAAAAAAAUAAAAAAUUGUCAUUAUAGAUAUUACAUAAAUGAAUCAUAUAAAAGCCAAUUUGGCAGCAAGUUGAUAAUGCGGGUAGGUAAUAAUAAAUCAUAAAUAUUUAAUAGCAAAAAAAAAAUAAAAACAAGAGAAAGAGAGAUGAAAAAAAUUGAUAUAAAAUCUCUGAACCGUGAUGA